GUAUUAAACUGACCACAUGAUAAACCAUUCAAAGUCAUUGUUCAAACUUCCUCAAAUUCUUCAGUGAAUUCCCCAAAUCCCCCGUAGCCUCUCAAUCCUUAAAAUCUCUUCACGUUUAAUAAAGAUCCCAUUUUUACACUUCUGGGUUUUCAAUUCAUUGCUCUUCCGUUCAAGAAAUCUGGUCUAAUUUCUGUUUUCCUCCUUCCGGUCAUGGCGAAAAGAUGUGGUUUUUGCUUCAUUUUGAUUUCUCUCUUGCUGAUUUCUUCUGGGUUUUUGGUUUCUGGGGGAUUGACCCAAAAUUUCAUGAAUCUGAACUCGAACUCUUCUUCAUCUGGGAUUGAAAUGCCCCAGCACCCAAGUUUCAAUGCUGUUUCUUCGUCUUCAAACUCAGGUUGCAGCUUUGUGACGCCCAGAAAGUCAACCACCCAUUCCCUUCACUCUCCGGAGCUUGGCUCCGUCGGAGACGGCGAUUCGGAGCCGGUGAAGUUCCAUCUCCGGCACAGAUCGGACGGCCAGGAACCGACGGGGAAAAAAAAUUCGGUCUUUGAGUCAACCACGAGGGACUUUUCAAGAAUCCAGACAUUACACACGAGGAUAGCAGAGAAGAAGAACCAGAACACAGUUUCAAGAAUCAAGAAUCCCAGUCCUUCCGGUGACCGGACGGCUGAAUUCUCGCCGGGAUCUUUGAACUCCGGCCAGUUGAUGGCCACUAUAGGCUCCGGGGUGAGUCUAGGGUCAGGGGAGUACUUCAUGGAUGUGUUUGUGGGCACACCUCCCAAACACUUCUCUCUGAUUCUUGACACUGGAAGUGACCUUAAUUGGAUCCAAUGUGUCCCUUGUUUGGAUUGCUUUGAGCAAAAGGGUCCUUACUAUGACCCAAAGGACUCCAAAUCCUACAGGAACAUAAGCUGCAAUGACCCUAAAUGCCACCUCGUUUCGUCCCCCGACCCUCCGAUCCCCUGCGAUUCCGCCUCCCAAACGUGCCCUUACUACUAUUGGUACGGCGACAGUUCAAACACGACCGGCGAUUUCGCGCUCGAGACGUUCACCGUCAACCUCACGACCCGGGCCGGAACGCCCAAGGUCAAGAGGGUGGAGAACGUCUCGUUCGGAUGCGGCCAUUGGAACAGGGGACUGUUCCAUGGGGCCGCAGGGUUGUUGGGGCUAGGGAGGGGACCGCUUUCAUUCGCCUCCCAGCUCCAAUCCCUCUAUGGCCACUCUUUCUCAUAUUGUUUGGUUGAUAGGAAUAGCAACUCAAGCAUUAGUAGCAAGUUAAUAUUUGGGGAGGACAAGUCAAUAUUGAGUCACCCACAAUUGAACUUCACCUCAUUGGUCAACCGGGACGAAAACCCAGUCGAGACAUUCUACUAUUUGAAGAUCAAGUCCGUCCUGGUGGGCGGGGAAGCGGUCCGGGUCCCGGAGGAGACGUGGGACCUCUCGCCCGAAGGGGCAGGAGGGACCAUCAUUGACUCUGGAACUACUCUGAGCUACUUUGCGGACCCCGCGUAUGACAUCAUCAAGAAUGCCUUCAUUAAGAAGGCGGGAAACCGGUACCCGGUCGUCAACGAUUUCCCGAUACUCGAACCGUGUUACAACGUGUCGGGGUCCGGGGUGAUCGAUUUGCCGUCGUUCGGCAUCGUGUUCGCGGACGGGGCGGUUUGGAAUUUUCCGGUCGAGAAUUACUUCAUCCGGAUCGAACCGGAAGAGAUUGUUUGCUUGGCCAUUCUUGGGACUCCUCGCUCCGGUUUGUCUAUCAUUGGGAAUUAUCAGCAACAGAAUUUUCACAUAAUGUAUGACACUAAGAAGUCCAGGCUUGGUUUUGCACCAACAAAAUGUGCUGAAGCCUAAUGUUUAUUUAUUUGUUUGUUUGAAAAUUGGGGAGCAUAUUUUUGGGUGGGUAAAAAACUGUAAAAAUUUGGGGGCACUAAAUCUAAAACUAAUGUGGAUACAGAAUACAGAAAUCUUGUAUUUUUUUUAUUUUUUAUUUAUAAAUUUUGUAAUGUUUGACAAAGGAACAUGUUGACAGCUUCUGUUAUUAUAGAAAUAAAUACGGUGUUGAAAU